CUCUAAGCCUCUUCCAGUUCCUGUCCUUCCAGUCCCUGGAUCGCAGAUGCCAGAGCGUCUUCCCCACCAGAUCCGACUGCGCCAUGGGGCUCAGCGAUGGGGAAUGGCAGCUGGUGUUGAACAUCUGGGGGAAGGUGGAGGCUGACAUCCCCAGCCAUGGACAAGAAGUCCUCAUCAGGCUCUUUAAGGGUCAUCCCGAGACCCUGGAGAAGUUUGACAAGUUCAAGCACCUGAAGUCAGAGGAUGAGAUGAAGGCCUCCGAGGAUCUGAAGAAGCACGGCACCGUGGUGCUCACCGCCCUGGGGGGCGUCCUCAAGAAGAAGGGGCAUCACGAGGCAGAGAUUAAGCCCCUGGCCCAGUCCCACGCCACCAAGCACAAGAUCCCCAUCAAGUACCUGGAGUUCAUCUCGGAAGUCAUCAUCCAGGUUCUGCAGAGCAAGCACCCAGGGGACUUUGGCGCUGACGCCCAGGGGGCCAUGAGGAAGGCUUUGGAGCUGUUCCGGAACGACAUCGCCGCCAAGUACAAGGAGCUGGGGUUCCAGGGCUAGGCCCCUGACGCCCCCCACCCCCACGCCCCUGGGACCCGGCACCCAGGGGAGGACAGGGGCUGAGCCUGAUGUAGCAACGUAGAGUUUGGUUUUGAGUGUCUGCUUUGUGACUGAGAGGCGGGAAGAGGAGU